AUCAUUGGAAAAAAAAAUUGGGACCAUCUAUAGAUAUUGAAUAUCACACGAACAAUUCUGAACAAAUUGGUCACUGGACCCUAAGAGGUAGCAAAGAUCCCGACAACGUCACUAUUGAUUUAAACAGCUGCCUUUUUUCGGUGAUCGGUUCUCAAAUUGAGCAAGAUACAUUAAAACUUCGUAAAUGGACUGUGUUAAAACUAAAGGACAAUUUUCAGAAUUUGGCCAAAUGGUUAGACAAAAUUCCGAUGGGCAAUGCAGGAGUAUUCCUUAUGAUUGGCGGUGUAAACGGACACGAACCUAAAAGUUCGAGAAAAAGUCGCGAAGAAGAAAGGUACUCAAAAAGAUACCCAGCACACAGUCAGGAAGAAGACGCUAGACAGCUUCUGGAAGAUUCAGAGAACGUAAAAGGCGAAGGUGAUGUUAAGGAAGAUCUUAAGGAAGAUCUAAUUGAUCUAAUAGGUCAUUCUAGAGAGAAGCAUGUUGUAGAAGGAAGAAAUGGAGGUGUCGAAGUUUAUACUAGGAUAAAUAAAUGUUCGGGAGUAUUUGCUUUUCAGACAGAAAAAGACCAAGAUUAUGUUCUUCAUAGGGCAUUGCUAUCAAAAUCGGGUCAAAAAGCACUACAUAAACUUGACAAUAUAGAUAUAUUAACAGUAGAAAUAUCUGCUUCAAAAUUAAAACAACAAGAUUUCCAAUUUCCUAAAGGAAGCUAUUGGUAUUCGGGACACAUGAUGAUGUAUGAUUCAGAAAUCGAUCAUAUCAAAUUAACAUUAGGACAUCAUAUAAAUAAACGAAAAAUAAAAAAUGCAAAGCCUCAUAUAGUUUUUAUUUACCCAAUCUUUAAAGCGGACAAAUUAAUAAGAUGUACUGAAGGGAAACUUCGUGAAUAUCGUACAUAUAUAAAAGAUCUAACUAGUCACAAAUAUAUCCUUGCAUCUACAUUUGGAAAUCUUGAAGACUUUCUCACAAGAGAUGGAUACUCAAAAAGAUACAUACCAUCUACAGUAGACAAAGCUGAACAGAUUCUGAACAAUUCAGAAGGCAAGUUCUGCGCAGAUGAUCCUAAGAACCCACUAAUUUCAGAUUUGAAAAAAGGCCAUGCUAGAAGCGGGCAUGUAGAAAGAGAAAGCAAUGGUGUCGAAGCUUAUAGUAAAAAAAAUAAAUGUGAAGAAAAAACUGCUUUUCGGUCAGAAGAAGAUCAAAACUAUGUCCUUCGUAGAGCAUUGCUAUCAGUAGGGGGUCAAGCAGCACUAGUUCUUCUUAACAAAAAAUUGUAUGUAGAAAUCGGUGUACCAGCUUCACAAUUAUUUGAAAACGGUGUCUCAUUUCCUACAGGAAGCAUAUGGCAUAAUGGACAAAAAAAACGUGAUAAAUUACAAAUCGAAAAAGUCCAUGUAUCUUUAGGGCAUCAUAGAGGUGAUGAAAAGAACAAUAGUGCAGAGCCUCUUGUAAUAACUAUGUUCCCAGUAUUGGAAAUUAAAACAAAAAGAGAUUUAUGUCACACAGGUAAAGAACAAGAAAAAGCUCAAGCUGCUCCUAAAACUGCCUCUGCAACUACAUCUAAACCUGCUUCUCAAACUCCUCCUAAACGUGCUACUGGAGCUACUCCUAAAAUUCGUAAAACUGCUCCUAAAACUGCCUCUCCAACUACAUCGAAACCUGCUUCUAAAACUCCUAAAACUGCUCUAAAAACUGCUACUGGAACAAUUCGUAAAACUGGCCAUGUAACUACUCUUGAAACUGUUCAUAAAAUUACUCCUACAUCUUCUCGUAAACCUACUUCCAAAAUUACUCGUAAAACUGCUCCUUAAAUUACUUCUAAAACUGCUUUUUAAACUGCUUUUAAAACAAUAGAAAUAAAGAGAAGUUCUAACUGUGGAGCUCCGAAUGGGGAGCGGGUUGCAAGGAAAGUUCUUGUAAACGUGAAAGCAUUAUAUCACGCGGUAACUGUCAGAAUACACAUACAUAUGUACAAAAAUACACAUGUAAUACGUAUAAAAUAUAAAGUAUUUAAAUAAAUAUAAAAUUGCAUUGGCAUUUUUUUUACAAGCCUGAUGUGUUUUAGUCAAACAGGUACUAACGAUAAGAAACAGACCGCGUAAUGUUGUGCAACAAUACUUGAUUUAUCAAUAAAAAAUCAUUAUAAAAAAAUAAUACGGGCCAGAAGUAAGAUGAGAAGACAUAUAAGAAGCAUUUUUAUUCUUACAAUCUUACUUCUAGCCUCACCUCUACAACCACCGUCACAACACAAAUAAACGCAUAAAUUGCACAAAAAGACGUCGAGUAUAAAUCGUUUAAUAAUGAAUGUAAUAUAUUGAUUAUAAAACUGAUUAAUUAUAAAAUAAAAAAUAAAAUGUAUUAAUAAAACAAGCAAUAAAAUUGGGAACAGC